AUGGCCCUUGGAGCCGCGGUUGUGGGCGCCGUUCCUCCUCUGGAGAUCCAGGGAACUGACUUCGUCAACCCCGAAACUGGCAACAAAUUCCAGAUUGUUGGUAUGGCCUACCAACCUGGAGGCAGUGCCGGCUACGACCCUGCCACGGGGAAGGACCCUUUGAGCAACAAGGAUAAGUGCAUGCGAGAUGCUGCUCUCAUGCAGAUUCUUGGUAUCAACGCCAUCCGUGUCUACAACCUUGACCCCAAUGUCAACCACGAUGAGUGCGCCAGUAUCUUUAAUGCUGCUGGCAUGUAUAUGAUGAUUGACGUCAACUCUCCUUUGCCUCAUGAGUCCCUGCACUCUUUGGCACCCUGGGAGAGUUAUCAUGCUGACUACCUCAACCGUACUUUUGCCAUUGUUGAAGCUUUCGGAAACUACCCCAACACUCUGCUUUUCUUCGCGGCAAACGAGGUCAUUAACGACGAGAAGACAGCUGAAGAUGCUCCUCAGUACAUCCGUGCUCUGACCCGCGACCUCAAGAACUACGUCAAGAACAACUUGAAGCGGAAGAUUCCUAUUGGGUAUUCUGCCGCCGAUGUCCGUGAUGUUCUGUGGGACACCUGGAACUAUUUGCAGUGCUCCGAUCCUGAUGAUGAAGAUGACAUGAGCCGAGCUGAUCUUUUCGCCCUCAACUCGUACUCAUGGUGUGGUCCUGAAGCCACUUAUGAAACUUCCUCAUACGACGACCUCGUCGCCGGUUUUGAAUCAUCGUCUGUCCCUAUCUUCUUCAGUGAAUAUGGUUGCAUCGAGCCCUCGCCUCGCUACUGGAACGAAACCCAAGCCAUCUAUGGCAAGCAGAUGAGCUCGGUCUUUUCUGGUGGCGUCGUAUACGAAUAUACUGAGGAGGAAAACAACUAUGGUCUUGUCAAGAUUGACGAUGACAAGGUUCGCAUCCUGGGCGACUUCAACCGUCUCAAGAACCAGUUUGCUAGAAUCAAAUGGGAGUCGGUGCAGUCAAACCCCGCAGGCAAAAACUCCUCUACCAAGGCUCCAGAGUGCAAGUCCAGCCUCAUCAAGGACAGCAAUUUCGACAGCAACUUCACCAUUCCUGACGUUCCUCCCAAGGCACAGGACCUGAUUGAUAAUGGUAUUAAGAACAAGCCUGGCGGAAAGAUUGUCGACAUCUCAGACUGGAAUGUCAAGCUCGAUGUUAUGAACGCUGAUGGCAGUGUCAUGAAGAACCUCAAGGUGGUCCCGCUCAAGGACGAUGAGUCUAAUGCGUCUGGUAACAACGAUGCGGACACUGGCAGCGAGACUACCGAUGAUAAGAACAGUACCGACUCCGACAACAAGACUUCUUCAGGUAACAGUGGAGACGCCCAGGAUAGUGAUGAUGAUGAGGACGCUGCUGGCCUCACUCGACCUUUAGCUUGGGCAAUGGCCUUUCCUCUGGCUGUCAUGAUGUUUGCGCUAUGA